AUGAAAGGUAGAAAGGGGUUCCCAAAACUUUAAGAUGUGAUCUUCUUUGAGGACCUACCUAUUAUUAUUACAAAUUUUUUGGGUGCUGAUCUGAGAUAGUCAGUACUCAAAAAUAAAAAUAAUCAUAUUUGCUAAGUCGCUGCUCUCGAAAUAUUAAAAUUAUUGUAUCAACCAACUCAAAAACUAAUGUAAUAAAUCAUAAUCUUUGAAUGGCAUAUAGAUCCUUCAAGAAGAGAUGAUAUUGAAUCCUUAAUAUACGUGUCUCUAUAUCUUUUGAAUGGCAAACCCCAUUGGAUUAAAUACCCGGACAGCAUGAGUAAAAUAGAAUUGGUGAAUUAUAUUAAGCAAGUUCGUUUGCUUAAAAAUAUCAAGGAUUAUGGCUCUUGCAUACCGUAGUGUCUUUUGGAUAUUUUUGACAAAGUACGAAGACUUCAAUUCUCAGAAGAACCUAACUACAGUGAAUAUAUCAGAAUCAUUGAAGAAUAAUUAGGAAAUCAAAAAUGUAUAAUUGACUCUGAAUUUGAAUUCAAUAUCAACUAGGAUGAAAAUAAAUCGAUAUUCAAUCACCAAUGUAAAUUACGGGAUUUGGAUAACCCCAUAUUAAAAAGUCAUGAAAACUAAACCGAAUACCAGUCUCAAGCAUUAAAUGGAGUGAUUCCCUAAUUAUUUAAUUAGAUCUAGAGCAGCAAUUUAAUGAGCCUUUAAGAAUUAAAACUGGAAACUAAAUAAUAGAAAAUUGAGAUUAAAGUCGAGGAUAUAGAAAUAUUUGAUGAGGAUUUAGAUAGAAUUGAAGAAGAAAUGGCCAAUGUUAAUGUAGUUAGAGAUUAGGUGUAUAGAGAAAACAAUCUGAAAUUGAAAACAUCAUAGAGUGAUCAUCUAAUAUCUAGGCCCAAAUUCUCAGCUUUGAUUGAAGUCAGCAUUCCCUCAAAUCUAUCAGAUAAUUCUUAAAAUGAGUAACUGGAGUAAAUAAUCAAAUAUUCACAUAGUUCAAAGAAUUAAUUUAAUCAAGCUUAGAUCCAGUUCGAAAACAUUAAUUAUUUCAAGAUCACCUAAUGA